AUGGAGAGUCCGGACUGGCAACCCGGGGUUGAAGAUUUAUCUCAAAGAGCUAUCAACAGAGAAUCGCCCAAACAUAGUAAUACCUCCGAGAGUAGAAGUAUUUCCUCUGAUAAAACACGGAAUUGCAGUGUUUGUGGCUCUCGUGCAGCGGGAGUGUUUUUCGGCGUCCUGACGUGUUGGACGUGCAAGACUUUCUUCAUACGCCACCAAAAAGCGGGUGCUGGUGGUUUAAAAUGUGACAAUAACGGUCAGUGUAAAUUAGACCUGGGCGGGAAGCUGCGACGAAGAUGCGCAUAUUGUAGAUACAAGAAGUGUAUUGAAGUUGGCAUGCGACGUAAAGAACGAGCCGCUGUAGUUGUGGCUAAGAUGGGCCAGAGACUAUGCUUGGUAUGUGGGGACAUCGCAAGUGGCGUACACUUCGGAAUAGUAGCAUGUUUAGGAUGCACGAAAUUCUUCCGUCGUACCAUUCGAAUGGGAACCGAGGACUCUUACAUGUGUUACAAUGCACAUCGCUGUGUCAUCAAUCCUCAAAAUAGGAACACAUGUCCGAGGUGUCGUCUCGACAAGUGCAAGCGUCUUGGAAUGUCUCUAAAUGCAAGUAAAUUUGGUCGACCAAGGAAGAAACAGAAAGAAACCGAACGAAAGCAGGACGUUGUCACAUUUACAUUGUCAGCCGAAAAUGGAGGUCUAACUAUUCUAAACGAGAAAGGAUCCCGAAAUGUCGAUGUACUUGGUCGUAUUAUUGACUGUUUGAUUGAGACUGAUAUUGCAAAGCAACGCGUAUUAAAUAUGCUAUCGCUUGCUAUUAGUUCCCCAACAACAUCUCCAGAUGAUAGGUACAGCACUAUCAAGAUAGGUUUCAACUUGACAAAGCAAAACAUGAUUACAAUGAUAAACUCAUUGACGCGACAAACUGACACAUGUCUCUCGAAACCUAGUCAGCUUGGAGACCAACAACAAUGUAAACGGCGGAAAUUCGAACAGAAAAUUCAAGUUCCAAAUAUCACCGUUGUUCCCGCGUAUGAGAUGACAAGCCACGCCGCUUGUUUCUCUACCGCAUGGUAUGUCCCUAAUACCAUUUGGUACAACACACCUACCACAUGGUUCAGCCCACAUGCCUCUCGAUUCAGUCCACUCUCUACACAGUGCAGUCAAAUUACCCCGCAGUACAGCCCAAGCUCCACACGGCACAGUCAAAGUGCCUCGCCGUGCAAUCCAACCUCUUCAGGGCAAAGUCUAAGUGCCUCUCGGAACAGCCUAACCUAUACAUGGCACAGUCAGAGUGCCUCGCGGGACAGCCCAGUCCAUACACGACACAGUCAAAGUGCCUCGUGGUACAGCCCAUCCUUUACACGGUGCAGUCAAAGUGACUCGCGGCACAAUCCAAUCUCUACACGGUAUAGUCAAAGUGCCUUGCGGUACAGCCCUACCUCUAUACGGCACAGCAGUCAAAGUCCCUCGCGGGACAGCCCAACCUCCACAUGGCACACACACAGUCAAAGUCCCUCGCGGAACAACCCAACCUCUAUACAGCAAAGUCAAAGUGCUUUGCGGAACAGCCCAACCUAUACAGCGUACAGUCAAAGUGCUUCGCGGUACACCCCAACCUUUACACGGUACAGUCAAAGUGCCUCGCGGUACACCUCAACCUUUACACGGUACAGUCAAAGUGACUCGCGGUACACCCCAACCUUUACACAGUACAGUCAAAGUGACUCGCGGUACAAUCCAAUCUCUACACAGUAUAGUCAAAGUGCCUCGCCAUACAGCCAAACCUCUAUACGGCACAGCAGUCAAAGUGCCUCGCGGGACAGCCCAACCUCCACAUGGCACAGCCUAACUCUAUCGAAAGACAGCCCAACCUCCACACGACACGGUCCAAUUGUCUCGCAGUACAAGCCCCAUAUGUCGCGAAACAACCCUACCUUUCAUGAACAGUUCAGACCAAUCUAUUACAAAUAUGAACAAAAUUUCUCUGUUACUUUUUGA